AUGGACUGGGAGGGGCUGCUGUGCCGGGAGCGCGGGCUCUCGCUGGCCUGCGCCUGCAAGGGUCCCCCCGGUGUUUCGGGGUGCCCUGACGCUGUGGGCGCUGUCCCGGCAGGGGCGCAGAUGGUGGUGGCCAUGAAGGCCGUGUCGCUGGGCUUCGACCUGGACCGCGGCGCGGGCGCGGCCGAGCCCAGCCCCGCGCAGGUGCUCGGCUACCUGUGCUCGCCCGGCUCCGUGGUCUUCGGGCCCUGGGAGCCCUUCGGCAGCUACCUGAGAGCCGUGGAGGGGCCGCCCCUGAGCGCGGCGUGGGCGCGGAAGGGGCUGCGCAGCCUGGGGCUGGCCCUGCUCUGCCUGCUGGUCAGCACCUGCCUGGCCCCGUUCCUGUUCUCCAGCCUGCUGCCCCUGUACGGGGCACGGGCCCUGCGCAGGUGGCUCCGUGCCUACGAGAGCGCCCUCUCGUUCCACUUCAGCAAUUACUUUGUGGCCUUCCUGUCCGAGGCCACGGCCACGCUGGCGGGCUCGGGCCACACCGAGCGCCACGAGCACCUGCACUGGGACCUGGCGGUGUCCCGGCCCCUGCGGGUGGAGCUGCCGCGCUCCAUGGCCGAGGUGGUGACAAACUGGAACCUGCCCAUGUCCCGCUGGCUGCACACCUACGUGUUCCAGACCGCUCGCUGCCUGGGCACCUUCGCCGCCGUGCUGGGCACCUACGCAGCCAGCGCCCUGCUGCACGGCCUCAGCUUCCACCUGGCCGCGGUGCUGCUCUCCCUGGGCCUCAUCACCUACGCCGAGCACGGAUCAGGGGUUUUGGGAGUCCCUGAGGGUUUUGGGGUCCCUGAGGUUUCCGGGGUCCCGCAGACGCUGUGGGUGCGGGCUCUGAACGCGGCCCUGGGCGCCCUGGCCCUCUUCCACCUGUCCUACCUGGGCGCCCUGUUCGAUGUGGAGGCUGAGGAUGCCGUGGAGGAGCAGGGCUACGGCAUGGCCUACACCGUGCGCAAGUGGUCCGAGCUGAACUGGGCCAGCCACUGGGUGACGCUGGGCUGCUGGGUGCUGGCCCGGCUGUUGCGCUGAGGCUCUGCGAGGCCACUGGGGGCAAACUGGGAGCACUGGGAGCCACUGGGCGCGCCUGGGAGGACCGGGCGCCACAGAGAGCGCGGCCGCUGCGGCCGCCCCGCGGGGGCCGCUCCGCGCCGCCGGCAGCGCCUCUCGAUGGUCCCGACUUCCGCUCCGGGGCUUUCCCGCGCUUUCUCGGGCGGAAGUGGCGCCGCGCGGCCGCCGUGGGACCAAUAAAGCCUCGCCUCGA